AUGAUUCCCGACGCGGCUCCCACUACCCAAACCAACGGUCAUCACCUGUCGCCCGCGGCCAGUCGGUCGUCACGCGAUGGCGAACCACCUGAGAAGCGACCGCGAUCCGAAGCCAACGUUGCUGACGCAGCAAAGCCUGAUCUUGCUCAAAUGGCUAUGCUAAGCAUGAUGGGCAGCUUUCCGUUCCUGCCGCCGAAUCCUCUCGGAGGAUUUGUGCCCGGAAUGGGAGAAUUUUUCAAUCCGCUCAUGGCCCAACAGAUGCAACAGUUGUCAUCUUCACCAGCAAAGCGUGCUCGAACGAGAAUCACAGACGAUCAGUUGAAAAUUUUGCGGCAGUACUUUGACAUCAACAACAGUCCUUCGGAGUGUCAAAUCAAAGAAAUGUCACUGAAAGCAGGUUUACCGGAAAAGGUCAUCAAACAUUGGUUCAGGAACACGUUAUUCAAGGAACGGCAACGGGAUAAGGAUUCCCCGUACAACUUCAGCGUACCGCCACAAAUGGGUAUCGACCUGGAUACGUACGAGAAGACCGGUGAGACAAAGGUUGUGCCGCUCGCCUCUGCAGCUGAGAUGAAGCGUGAACCAUCACCCAAACCCGCCGAGGCGCCCGCCGUACCUCCGUUGAAUCUUCAGGCGAUGAUGCAGCAGAUGCAGCACGCGAACCCGUUCCAGUUCAUGGAUCCGGCAGGAAUGAUUUCU